AUGAGUGAUAAUGAUUUAGAAAUAAUACCAAAUAUAUAUGAACGAUUUGAAGAAAAAAAUAAGGAAGUAGUAAAGGAUAGCGAAAGCGAUAAUGAUAGCAAAGAUGAAAAGAGCGAGAAUAAUGACAUUACUGUAAAUAAAGACAGCAAGUUUUAUAAGAAGCUUUAUUCUUUUAUAGAAUCUAAAUCAAAAUAUAUUAAUUUAAUAUUAAGUUGCAAAAGUGAAAUGGGAGCUAAAAUAGUUUACAAAAAAAAAUAUAUGAAAGUUCAAAAUAAGGCUUUUACAGAAAUAAAAGUAGAAAAUUCUUUAAAUAUUUUAAAAGAAAUUGUUAAAAAUAAAUUUUCCAAAUAUUCUGAUGAAAAAAUAGACUUAUACUUAAAGGAAAUUAUAAAUAAUCCGCCAAAAGAAAAUUGUUCUCUUCAUAAAAAAUUUUUUAAAAAAAAUGAAAAAAACAUAUACAUAAAGCAUAAUAUAAUAAGCUAUAUAUUAAAUUUUAUGGAUUGUAAAACUUUAAUGAAAUUUAAGGAGUGUUCAAAGAUAGAUAAUGAAAUAGUUAGUUUAUAUCUUAGAAAAAUUUUAUACACUUUACCUUUUAAAGAUGAAGAAAUAAAAACCAAUAUACAAUACUGGAGGAAUGUAGUAAAUUAUUUUUUUUACAAAUGUGGAACAUUAAUACCAAUUGACAGAUCAAAUUAUCCUAUAAUUUUAAAUGCGUUGGAACAAAAUAAAAGUUUCUGUGUAAUUACAAAAAAUUCUAUGAAUUCUAAUAUUUUUAUUAGUCUAGAUUAUUUAAAUGAAAAAUUAAUAUCUUCAUGCAAUCAUAAUAACCCAUUACCACAUACAUGUGAUACGAAAAAUGAAAUAUGUGGAGUAAAAAAUUUAAAAACAGAAGAAAUUUCAAUGAUUGAUUUUAUUGAGGAAUAUUACAAAAGGUUAAGAAUUAAUGAUGAUGAAUUAAUAUGGAAUUUAUGUUCUUUUCGUAAAUCAUCAGAUUUUUUAACUUUGCUUUUACUGGAAUAUUUAAAAUGUAUGUCAAAUGUUGUGAAAAAAUAUAAUGGGAAAUGUACAUUUAAAAAAACGGAAUAUUUUGUAAAUUGUGGUCAUCAUAUAACCCAUCGUAUUUGGAUACAGGUAUUUUAUGAAUACGGUUAUGAAUCUAUUGAUUUUAAAAAAAAAAAAAAAAAUGAAAAUAUUGAUGAGGAUAAUGAAAAUAGAACAUUAUAUCUAACCAUUGCUGAUCAUUAUAAAUGGGAUGCAUAA